CCGUCGUCAUCGAUCAGUUGGACUACAUACAUCACACGAGAAGGUACCGUUUAUUCAUGCAGCCACAAUGCACUGUUGGCGGGUUAUUUUUGUGCUCUGCAGCCACCUGAUCAUCUCGAGCAUAGCGGACGGCGACUCGAAUGAUUUACAAGAAUGUCCAGGAGGCUUCUGUGCACCGAAAUAUGUAUGCCCCAACGGAACGUACGACGAAACCUACGGCCAGAGCAAGGAUAUUAUCGUGCUUCGAUUUUUGGAGCAGGAUGUGUGCGAGGAUUAUAUGCAAGUUUGCUGCAAAAAUGCAAAAAGCUUUUCAUCUGAUUUGGUAAGUGUGAGCGCCUCACUAGUUCCACAUCGAACACAUUUCUGCAGCAAAUGCAAUGAUGUUGCUUGCAGAUAAGCGUAGCCCACGUGCGUCCUACGGAUUACGCGUGUGGUGUGAACAAUCCCGGUGGAUUGGUGUAUCAAAUCAAAGCCAACCGAGCGUACGCUCAGUACGGUGAGUAUCCGUGGGUUGUCGCCAUUCUGGAAACGUUCACCUCCUCGAAUGGGCAAGAGUUUAUGUACGUCGGUGGCGGUACGCUGAUACAUCCUCGAUUUGUGCUAACGGCUGCCCAUAUCUUUAACAAGACGGAGAAUUUAGUCGCCCGGUUCGGCGAGUGGGAUUUGACACGCGAAGAGAACGCCUUGCCAAAGCAGAAUAUUUACAUUGAUCGAAACAUAAUUUUUCAUCCCGAGUACAACAGCGUGGGACUGUUGAAUGAUAUAGCGUUAGCUAGGCUGAAGCAAGACGUGAGCUAUGACAACCACAUUCGUCCCAUCUGCCUGCCCAAUCCAACCGAUCAGUUCGAUGGCCAGCUGUGCACCGCGACCGGAUGGGGUGUGGAGCAGCAAACGAACCAGUACGCGAACUUACUGAAACGUGUUGAUCUGGCGAUCAUACCGCGGCAAACCUGUAAGCAGUUAUUUGCGGUCACCCGACUUGGUCCCUUCUUUCGGCUUCACAAGAGUGUGCUUUGUGCUGGUGCCGAGGAAGGUUUAGAUAUGUGCGAUGGAGAUGGUGGUUCAGGGCUGUUCUGUCCCACGGAGUCUGGUUCGUACGUGCUGGCGGGCAUCGUUUCCUGGGGUCUAAGUUGCCACCUGCAGGGCGUACCGGGCGCUUACGUGAAUGUGGCCAAGUUUGUGUCAUGGAUUAAUUCUACGAUAGAGGAAAAUGUUUGAUAAGCAUUGCUGUUGGACCAAUUAGAUAUUUGGUGAAUAAAAUUUAAAUUUUUUGAUGCUAUUCAACUGUUGCCUGAAAUGAGCAGUGGCAGUUGUUAUUGAUAGGCAAAAUUAAAAAAAA